AUGGCGUCUACAUCAACAGCGCCGCCUGCGGGGCCGACACAUCCUGUCAUCUUCACUACCAAAACGCAGUAUGUUCUGCCCUCGCAAAAGUUUAUGGUCCCGCUCGCCUGGCGGCGUUAUCACCUCUCUCAACUCGUCAAUCGGGCGUUGUCUCUUCCUUCGCCCGUACCAUUCGAUUUCCUCGUUCAAGGGGAGAUCCUGCGGGGGACGCUGCAAGAAUGGAUGGUAGAAAGGGGCGUGGGUCCAGAAGAGACGCUCGAGGUGGAGUAUGUCGAGAGUGUGCUUCCGCCUACCAAGGCUGCGGAGAGGAAGUCGGAGGACUGGGAGGCUGGAGUAACGUGUGCUGUACCAGGACACUUCGCCACGGCCUCGUAUGACGGCCACAUCCGCGUAUUCGACUACGCCCACUUCCAGACUGCGAAACAUACCGCGCGCAUACAUCCUGCCCCUAUCACUUCUCUCCACGUCGUCCCUUUGCAAUCAACAUCGAGUGACGAAGAGCAGACUUACACGAUUUUGACGUCUUCGCACGAUCUCACCGCCCGUCUCUCUACCCUUUCUCUCUCCCCGAACUCUCCAAAACCUACCACAACCAAAACCCUCGCCUCUCUCCAUCUUCACACAGCGCCCGUAUCCCAUGUCACCGUUUCGCAGGAUGGCUCUACCGUCCUGACCUCGUCCUGGGACACACUGAUCGGCGUGUGGGACACGCGCAUACCCCCAUCAGAUGAGGUCCCGGACGAUGCGCCGGAUGGAGAGCGCAAGAAACGCCGCAAGCUCGCCAAGUCUGGUGAAGAGGAGAAGGUCGUACGCAAGGUCCCGACGGCGGUGCUCAAGUCGCACACGAACCGUGUUUCGGCGGCUGCAUUCCUGCCUGGAUCAAACGAGAAAGCGGCGUCAGUUGGAUUUGACGCAACGGUGAGGACAUGGGAUGUCGAGAAUGGGCUGUGUACGCAUACAAUCACGGCACCAGAAAAGCCAUUCCUGGCUCUCGCUAUGCACAGCACGAACAACGCUUUCGCAGCAUCUACAGAUCGCAACGUCAGCCUGUUUGACCUUCGUUCCGCUGCCUCCGCACCUCUACUGUCGCUGCCCCACCCAGCCACACCAUCAUGUCUCGCCCUUCCUCUCGCUGCCGCAUCGCAUCCAGGAAACCCGGACAACGGAGGAGGAGGAAACGAGAAUCAACUGAUAUCUGGCGCGUACGAUGGUGUCGUCAGGCUUUGGGAUGUGCGCAGUACGCGCGUGGCUCUUGCGUCGAUGCGCAUGUGGGAGGCGGGCGAUAAGGUGCUGAGCGUGGAUUGGAGGGGGGAGGUGGUCGCUGUUGCAGGGGAGGGUGGCGUUGGCGUUUGGAGAGUCGGACGGCAGUGA